GCCUGUUCAAUAACAUACAAGAAAGAACGUUUUGGGUAAAUGUGUCGUUCAGUACAAACCGUUCAGCAACUUAGCAAACAUUCAAGUGAACUGAACGCACCUUAGGUUUAGAGUCUUUUUGUGUGCAUGCACCUUUGAUAAAUGAGGCCCCUGGACUGGGAAAUGCUCAUCUAACUACAUUUUUUUUGUUGCAAUUAUUGGAAAUUCAGAAUAAGGUAGGGAAUACUAUACUAUUACAGAAAUAUCAAGAAGCAAAUAAACAAAAACAUUAUAGACUAGUAUACAAAUGAAGACUCAGAGAAUUGAUAUAAGUGGGCUUUACAUAGAAUCUUUGCUUUGGCCUCCCUCAUCACUCAAAUGAACCGCCCUGAACCUCUGAAAGCAUGUUGAGAGAGGACUGCAGAUAAUGGUAGAAAAUACAUUUACAAAUAAAACCAGGUUUGCACAAAGACAGCUGCGAUGUACCUUCUCAAAUCCUAUUCACAUGAACACAGGGAGUUGAAAAACCUGUUUUUGUUCUUGGUUUCUUUAUUUUCCAUUUAUCUUGUCAGUGUGCUGUAUUUACAUAGAGAUCAUCAGAUGCAACAGAGCAUGCCCAGCUUUACAAGACAAAUUGACAGCACAGGCAAAACAGUGAGCAAUGACGCACUAUUUGACUUAUUUCUAGGUUCUACUUCUUCUUUCUGUCUUUGUUCUGUCUAGUCCAUCCACAGUAUCGCUCCAUCAGCAUGGUUUUACCCCUGUUUUGUAUGACCAACUUUUUAAUAAGAUUAUCAUUUUUUCAGAAGGGAGUUAUAGGUACUGGUAUAACAUUGAAAUCAUAUUCAUCCCGUUACAUUCAUUCAGUUGUAGUAUUUGCAUUUCACAUUGAAUCAUUUCCUGUACCUGUGAGAAACCACUCGAAAAAAGAAAAACAAUCAGAGAAAUGCAUACUGAGACAGAGAACAGCAUUAACAGUUUUGUAAUAUUCUGUAUGUAAGGGAAAUAAACAAAAAAGGCUUCCCCAACCCAUUCCCCCCAACCCCCUCAGUCCCCUUCAGGUGUGUUCUCUGAGAACCAUCAUGAGUCAACAGGUGAGAUAGAAGUCAAGGCUUAUCUCUGUCUGUCUUCAAGCUCAGCAGCAAUGUUAACAGACAUUCUUUGUUUACACUGCCCUGACGUGCACACACUUGUCAUUUUGAAACCUGAGAUUCUAAGUGGCAACAAGGGUUUUUCACAGUAUCCAAAACUUUGAGAAUCUGUGAUUUUAUUUGACCAAUUGUAAAUUGUGUAAACUCCUCACCUGGAUUAAAACAUAACGUAAGGACCUGUGAUAGGCACAAAUCUUUUAUGAGCACCUCUUUUAUCCUAGCCGCAAAUUUGAAUUAAGCUUCAAGUAUUCUGUAGAAAGACCUUAGCAGUCAUACGGACAGAGACUCAACAAGAGGUAAGGCAGGUUGAAGUGCUCAGACAUUUAUUAGAUUAUAGCUACAGGUUGUAGAUGACAGCACGUCACACAGUGCUCCCAAAACAUAGAUCUACACACAUGCAAGAGGCAUUUCUCACUUCAUACAAUACAUGGAUUCAUAUAUUUCUGAAUAUUCUCUAACUUUUGGAGAACCACCUGCAACUGGACACAAACAUUUAUAAUAUAGACUUUUAACUGAAUCAGAACAAAGAAAGUAUUGACAAGAACAGGUUAGUUGAAAAAUUCCUUGCUUUCAAUUAGCCAGGCUGUAAUGGGUAUGGAGCACCAUGUAUCUAUUUAACAAGGCAGAGGGCACAUGAUUCCAUGCAAUGAUGUAUAUAAACCCUAGAUUGCUGAUGCUAUGUAUUGGCCAAUGAUAGGCUAUGAAGCUACUCCUCAGAAAGAGGUGUCCUCCAUAGGAAUGAAUGGAAUUCUACAGUAAUUAAAUGUAUUUUGUUGUUGUAGUGGAGACAGUAACAUUAGUGCUCUCAAAAUGUUUUACUUCAAGGAAAAAAUCUAUAUUUUAUAUAUAUAUUUUUUAUAUAUAUACAGUAUGUUCAGUUCACAUAAUGUAAUUUAAAAUAUGCAUUAGGGUGUCUGUAAUAGAAUAUACUUGCCAAAAACAAAUGUAUACAUUAAUAAAUGCAUUUCUACAGUAUAUCUUCCAAAAACCUUUUUACGACGGUGGAGGAGCACAAACAUGGCUGCAUAGUGGCUUCAAACCAGCCCCUGGGACGAAUCUAAGGUUUAUACUCAUCGUUGCCUCCAUCCCAUCUGUAAUAACCCUUGUGUGAAUGAGAGCAUAUUGGUGGUGUGAGGAGCCUGUAGCACUCACUUCACCAUAUAGGCCUGUUUGUUGAUUGUCCAACAUUCAUAUCUAGUUAUAUUUUGCCAUGUAGGCUAUAAGGGCCAAGUGGGCUACUGGGAUAGGUCAUCAUUUUUUAAGAUGCAUUUUAUUUACAGUAGGCUAACAAUGACCAGAUCUGAUCUGUGGUCAAGCCACACCACAAGCAUAACAUCUCUAGGCUAUAGGCCUAGUCUUGAUGGUUGGAUAUUUCCAGAGAUUACAAGAAAAUCCUUAUUAGGCUUCUGAAUUGCAAAGCCAAUUUGAGUUGCCUAUUGUAAUUGUCUGAGGCUGUGUUAUGCUACUUAAGCAUUUACCACAGAGCAGGCCUCAAAAUGGAUGACAUCCCCCUCUUCCCCCUCCCUGCCAUCAGUGAAAGAAUAGCUUCUGACCUCAGCCAUCAUCUCCCUCACUUUGUUUUGUUAAGAUGGAGGUUUGUAUCCAAACCUAAAAAAGUCAUUUGCAUAAGUCUCAAACCUUCUGAUAACAGAGUUUUGGAUGGUGUGCAAAUUGAGAUGUUUCUCUUGGGAUGCAAGUAUGGGUUAGACUGGGUGAAGGUAUUCAAUGUAUUCAGCCCUGGAAGAGGGAUCUGUCAGGAUGAGCUACUGUUCUCUGUCUCUACUCCUGGGUGAGUGAACUGAUAUUUCAGUAUUUUAUCCCAAAUGAUCACCAUCUAGUAUUACUGUCUGCCCUUGACUUUGUGUCUUCUCCUUCCUUUCAGGUUCUCUGUUCAUCAUUGGGACUUCCUCUUAUCCUAAUGGUUCCUGUGAUGGCUACACGGCUCUGGAUGAGCCUCGACGUAACUAUCUCUUCAGCUCUUCCUCUAUCCCCGGCUACCCCAUCAAUACCGACAUACAGCGAACAAACAUAUGGGUGCGCUACGUCGGGAUCGGAGGGGACACCGUCAUUCCACAAUGUGCUCCACUCUAUUACAGCGGGGUAUAUUAUCCCAUCCAUCUGACCUUUACACAUCCUCAGUCUGAGUCUGAGACUCCAACUACGGGCAAUGCAUGUGGAAACACAGGUUCCUGCUGUAAUUACAAUGUAGCUAUUCAAGUGAUCUACUGCUCUUCUGGAGGAUUCUAUGUGUACAGGCAGAUGAACAACCACCCAAUCGACUACAUGGGUUAUGUGACAUACCAUAGGAACUGUGUGGCAGGCUCCUGCGGUCCCCUUGCAGAGUGUAGUACAACCAACAAUGGAGGCUGUCAAUGUGUCUCUGGAUACAAGAUACCUCCAAAACAUCUACCCAAAAACAAAUCCUACGGUUGCCAAGAUAUCAAUGAGUGUGAGGAGACCGCUAAUCUCUGCGGUCCACAUUCCAACUGUACUAAUUCACCAGGAGUCUACAACUGUAGCUGUCUAGAGGGGUUUGUACCCUCAGACCCAGCCUUGGCACUCAACCCAACCCGCAACCCCUGCACAGAUGUGAAUGAGUGUGUGGAGAUUGAGAAGGUUUGUGGUGGUUUUGGUAAAUGUACAAACACACCAGGAAAUUACACCUGCACCUGUUACAAUGGAUACAAGCCUGACGGACCCUUCGACUGCCAAGAUAUUGACGAGUGUUUCAACUCAACCAUCUGUGGUCAGGAGUCUGUCUGUACCAACACACCAGGAGCCCACAACUGUACCUGUCUCCCAGGCUUCUCACCCAGAAACCCAGUCCUAGACCCCAGCAAGGCCAACCCCUGUAUAGACAUUGAUGAGUGUCUGAACAAAACCGUGUGUGGUCCCGAUGCCAACUGUACCAACUCUUAUGCAGCACACAGCUGUACCUGCCUCUUUGGUUACCUGCUCACCAGCCCAGAUGCCAUAGCCAGCCCCUUAAACCCAUGCCUAGACAUAGAUGAGUGUGCUAACACCCCUGGUCUAUGUGGUCUCCACUCUGUGUGUACCAAUGCACCAGGGACCUUCCACUGUUCCUGUGUGGAAGAAUACUACUCCUCCACUGGAGUACUGUGGGAAACUGACGUCACUGUGUGUGAAAGUGUUGAUGAUGUUCUAGCCGCCAUAGUUCCCCCAGAGGGCCAGUCUAAGGAGAUGUACUUCCUCAACCAGAUGAACCAACAGCUGAUGGAGAACCCUGAUAUUGUCCUACCAGAGGGGAAGGUGUCAGGAGCGGGAACCAUCUCAGCGCAGCAGGCCAGUACAGGCCAGGGGUGGAGUGGGGCUGGAAAGGAUGGUGGGGAGUCUGGCAGUGUGGUCCUGAAGAUCUCAGUGCUCCUGGUGAAUGCCUUAGUGGACCCUUCUCAGGGCCGGGUCAACAAAACCAUACACACACCUGAGCUGGACAUUAGUCUGCAGGUAAUGGAGGCCAACAGUACAGACACCUCUUCCCUCUCAGCCAGGGGAAACACCAUGGACAUCAACCUAAAGGCUCUGGCCAGAAACAAUAAUGGUACAGCAUCAGCAGUAUUCCUGACAGUCAGUGGGAUGGAAAGCCUUCUGGGUGCUAGCUUCUUGCAGACAGAAAACCACACAGAGAUGUUGUCUGAUGUCAUCACCGCCACACUGCCCAAGAUCAACCACACCCAGCUCUCUGAGCCUGUCAACUUCACCAUGAGCCACAAGAGGAGGUUGGCUGAGCCUGGCCUGAUGACCUGUGUGUACUGGGAGGACAGAGGAAUGGAAUAUGAGAAUGGAACCAAGGGGAGGCAUUGGUCAGUGAACGGCUGUUGGGUUGUGUUCUCUGAUGAGAACUACACAGUGUGUAGCUGCUCUCACCUCUCCACCUUUGCCCUCAUCAUGCAGACAGGGGAGACUGUGUCGGAGGACAAUCCCUUCCUAGAGUGGGUGAACAGAAUGUGUGUGAUCGUGGGCCUGGUCUUCUUUGCUCUGGCCAUCCUCACCUUCCUGCUGUGUAGCUGGAACCCUAAGAUCAACAACACAGCCCGCCUCCACCUCUGCCUCUGCCUCUUCCUGUCCCAUCUGCUGCUGCUAUUGGAUUACACCUACCUCACUCACAAGCUGGUGUGCUCCAUCAUGGCAGGUCUCCUCCACUUCCUGGUAGUGGCCAGUUUCCUGUGGAUGCUGCUGGAGGCGCUCCAGCUCUACCUGCUGGUCCAGAGACUCUCUAGGAUCCAGGUCAUCCAGAGGGAAGGCCUCCAGAAGAAAUACCUCUUCCUGAUUGGCUAUGGCAUCCCCCUGGUGAUCGUGGGUGUGUCUGCAGCUGUGAAACGUGACGGCUAUGGGGGAUCUAAAGUAUGCUGGCUGAAGCCAGAACAAUACUUUACCUGGGCUGUGUUAGGGCCAGUGUGUACUGUCCUAGCACUGAACUGGAUAUUGUUCUGCGUUACAAUCUGGAGUUUGAGACCUACCUUGGCUAACAUGAAGAGUGAUGUCUCACAGUCCAAAGACACCAGACUGAUCAUCUUUAAGAUCCUGGCACAGUUUGUGAUCCUGGGUUGUACCUGGGUGCUGGGCUUGUUCCAGUCCACCAUGGUCUUCAAGUACCUCUUCAUCGUGCUCAACUCCCAGCAGGGCACCUUCCUCUACAUCGUUCACUGUCUCUUCAACAAGGAGGUACGUGAUGAAUACAGGAAGUGGCUGGGCUGUUCUUCCAGCUCCUCUACUCCAGACUCUAUGAAAGAAGCACCUUCUGUCUCUGAAGACCUGGACAAGGCUGGUGAAGAGAGACAAAACAAAGGAACACGGCCAGGAUGAGAGCAACAUGAUACGAUACCAUCAGACCUUCAAAGCAUUUCAGCACAGUGGGCCUCCACGGUAUAUCUUUCAAUGCACACUGUACACACUAAGUAUGAGAGAGAGAGAGAGAGAGAGAGAGAGAGAGAGAGAGAGAGGUGUGUUUAUAUGGAUGCUAAUGACUCAGAAAACACAGCCUGACCUUUUGUAUUUACUAAUAUUUCCUUUAUCUACAUAAAACAAUGUUUUAUUAGCCUGCAAAUGUAUUUAUAGAAUUUCAUAUUUAUAAAUGAUAUACACAGUAGUUACAGCAUAUUUACCUGUGUGCAAAAUAAACAAAUGAAAAUGUG